AUGUGUUACUCUGACGACGUCCCCACCGGAACGUUGGAAAGAGACCAUUGUACUGAUUGGGCAACCUCGCAAAACGUCGCAGUCAAAGUAGACGGUCCAUGUCCAUUACCAUUGGCACCUUGGAUUCCGAGGACUUUAUCAGAAGUUCCAAAAGGCUCACGCCACUACACAGGUGUCAACGAAAGCCGGCACGAAAUCAAGAUUGCAAUCAUAUGCGCCUUGACUCUAGAAGCAGAUGCGAUCCACGCCCUAUUUGAUGAGCACUGGCAUGGUACAAUCUCAACUCAGAUGAGAUCACCCGGAGAUACUAAUUCCUACUCGUUUGGUGUCAUUUGUGGGUACCCUGUCGUGCUUGUACAUAUGCCCGGUAUGGGUAAAAGCAAUGCUUCAAGCGUCGCAACCAACUGCCGAAACAGUUUCCCCAAUGUCAAACUCGCCUUAGUUGUCGGUGUUUGCGGGGCUGUCCCGUUUUAUGGCGAUAGGAAAGAGAUUAUCCUCGGUGACGUUAUCAUCAGCGAGGGCUUGGUUCCCUACGACUUCGGCAGAAGGUACACUGACAAGCUCAUUCGGAGGGAAGUACUGGCGAAGCCGCCUCCAGAGAUAAGAGGUCUACUCAACAAAAUGAAGGGAUGGAUGGGUCGACCACGUCUGAAAGCAAGAAUGUUAGCGCAUUUAAAGACCCUCCAAGAAAUUUUUGGGGCAGGCGCAACGUAUUUGGGCACAGAUGAAGACUUUCUGUUUGAAGCAACUUACGUUCACAAGCACAACAAACCUGGGACAUGCAAUAUAUGUGCCCUUCCGGAUGGCGUUUGCUCGAAUGCUAGACCUUCGACAUGCGGUAGUCUUGGCUGUGAUCAAGAGCGGCUCAUCCAUCGAAAACGACAUGAGGCUAAUGAGUUUGGCCCAACUGCCUUCGUUCCUGAGGUUCAUUUUGGUCAGAUCGGUUGUGGCGAUCAGGUCAUGAAGUCAGGAGAGCAUCGGGACUGCAUUGCAAAGGAUGAGGAUGUAAUUGCCUUUGAGAUGGAGGGAGCAGGCGUUUGGGACAAGUUUCCGUGCAUUGUGAUUAAAGGGGUGUGUGAUUACUCGGACAGCCACAAGAACAAGAGCUGGCAGGUGUAUGCAGCCUGUACAGCAGCUUCUUGUGCAAAGGGCCUUUUGCAAGAAUGGUAA